AUGUCCAAGUCGGUGUCGAUUCCGCAGGCACUGUCCGACCUGAAAAGGACGUCCCUUCGACGGUUGAGCAGUGCUCGCGCGGGGAAUAAGAAGGCGUCCGUGCCGAUCACGACGCCUUUGAGUGGAUUUGUGAUACUUGUGGAGAGAGAAGAGAAGAUUGUCCGGUUGUAUGGUGAGCAAUGUGAUCAGUUGCCAUGCGAACAUCUUCUGAUUAACAGGAACUGCCGCCGAGCGAGCGGGCCUGAGCAUUGGGGACGAGAUAGUGGGGGUCAAUGAGAUGCAAAUCGACGGAAAAAGCUAUGAGGAGAUCACCACCUACAUUCAAGAGGUAUCACAUUUCCUCUUCUCCUUACUUUCGAUCAAACCUGUGCCAUUUUCAGUGCAUUCGUCGCAAGAUCAUUCAACUUAAAGUCCGACGACGUGCUCUCGAGAUUCCAGCCGAGAACGAGGCUUCUCUUUUCAACUGUAAGUUCUCCAGAACAUACAUCACAGACCGACUUUCCUUUUUCCCGCAGGUACAAAUUCUACCCGACUUGUGACUGACGCCUACCUGGUUUCGGUUGACAAGGAUCAUAUCAAAGAAGUGACGAAGAGACUCAAAAAGUGAGUUUCAUCUCCGUUCUUUCUUUCUCUCUCUCUCUCCAAUCAGGGUCAUACAAGUGGUUAGUGUGGUCAGGUGCGUUCGUCCAACGGGCGGUCCUCUAUUGGGAACAGAGGGAAAGAGAGAGAGAGAGAGUUUUGAAGUGCUCUGACCGACUACAUACACAUUCGAAUGCUGAAUACCAAUAAUAAUAAUAUGCCCCUCUGAGUCUUUUUCGAUUUCUUCCAUCCGGUUCCCACAAAGUUCCAACAUUUCCAAUCCGCUUCGAGUGACCCGCUUUUCUCGAAAUUAAUGAAUGGCCUUGAAACGUGGUGAAGUCAGUUUCGGCGCGAAAACACUGAGAUUAUGAAUGAAUGUGAGCUAAUUUGGAAUUCCGCCCACAACUAGGUCAGUCUUUCCUUGUCAAGGUGAAGACAGUUCUCUCAUCACUUUGGUCAUUAAUCAGUGGGUGGCUGGCAGCAUCAGCAGUAAGAGAACCUCCCAUCUCGCUUAUCACACAUUCAUUUCGUUUCAUCACUCGCAUGUCUCCAUUACACACUCAAACACAUACUGUCCCCACUGUUUCUCUCUCUCUUUCACUUUGUCUCCCUCACUAGCAGUCUGACUUGUGAUCCUAAUUUUCCGGUGUGAACACCGUUAGAAGAGCCAGCUAGCUGAAUAUCGAAUUAGACGCCUUUCACUCUCAAACAUGGUUAUUUAUUGACACAAUGCGUUUAUUGCCCUCUCCGCGUACCAUUCGAUCUCUUCAAACCAAACAGUUAUUCAAUUCGUCCUCACUUUUUCGCGCUCGUUUUUUGCGGGGGAGAAUACCCGGCAAUACCCGUAACACCCGGGGCAGGCAGGUCGUUCCAUUGUCACAGUGUGCACUUUUCACGCCUCAUGAAUCUCCGUUUUCCUUCCGUUUUCCUCAUUCUUCACACUUUCCUGUGUUCCAACGUUCUCAGCCGGAUUGUUCUCUCUUUUUCUGCUGAUAAACAUGCUCAGUAAUUUCGUAGAAGUGGCAUAUAGUGCAAACGAGUUACACAAUAACUGGAAAAAAUGAAAUGUAUCGUCAUCUUCGUCUUCGUCUUCGUCUUCUUCUUCGUUUUCAUAAAUAUUUGUGUACAGGUGGGGGGCCAAUGUAAAGCUGGUGAUGAGCAAACACGCGGUGCGCACGAAAGAUGAUGAAGAUGCAAAACGGACUGUGUGUGAACAACUACAAUACCUCUCCAUUGUUUCUGCCUCUGUGUACAAUGGAAUCUGUGACCGCGGCCCACAAUUCCAGGUUCUCUCCAACUGGAUUCCGAUGUCAAAUUGAAAGAAUAAGAGAGGGAGAGGGACACUCUGUUCUAUUGAUUUCGAUUUACUAGAGUUGUGAAGUGUAUUGUCCAAAAGUGUGUUGAUCGGAAACGCAAACAAGUAUGACUUUUUACUUUUCCACUUUUUCGUCGUCUAUGUAUACAGUAGCAAUGGUCAUUUUUGCGUCCAAAUUCUCCCACCCACCACAAAACAUAAUACUAGCCUUCGACUUCCGUCACAGCGGCACCCUGCCUGAAGUGCCUAACCUUGUCUAAUUAGACUCCGCAGUCUCUCUCUCUCCCUCUGCCAUAUCCCGAAACGCCCUGAUUGUUGGAAUAAUUGGCAUAUAUGCACGGUCUCGUUCUCUCAUUCUCUCCCACCUUUACCGUGUGCAAAAGGUCGGUAAUACCCGUCACCCACCCCUCUCCCCCUCUUCUCUUUGAUUUUCCAAAAUAACCAGUCGGAUAUAUGCGUAAUCCCCCUUCUCUUCGCUUUUCUCUCUUUAUCGCUUUCUCUGGGUGGGUGCUGACGACGAACACAUCAUUCAUCGUUAUAACCGAGAUACCUGAACCUAUCGAAUAUAGAUCCGAAUCCGCCCGAAAGUGCGGCAGGUGUGAGCGGGCUUCUUCCGGAAAAGGCAGGUGCUGGGGUCGAGAACGGGCAAUGAACGGACGGACGCAUUAGCCCCCGACCCAAACCGAUUUAGAUGCUUAUCGGUCGAAACUAGCCAACAGAGACCGUUUCCGCUCACAAAACCAACGUUCUUUGCGCUCUUUUCAUCGUUUUGUACUCGUGAUCAAGUCUGAGAAAGAGAAAGGUCACUUUUCGUACGUUUAUUACUGGGAACUUGUGUGUGAGUGUGUGUGUGUCGAAAGGUCGUACUUCCUCUCGAUCUUUUGUGCUCGCGGAGCACUCCUUUUCCGGCGUUUCCUCAAGACUCACCCCAUUACGUUCCUAAUCAGCUGUGGUCUCUCUUCUUCAAUUUAUUUGUCAUUCGUCUCUUUUUCUGAUGACAAUACUGCUUUUUGCUCACAUAUUGUCAUCGUUGAUUGCUUCUCCCUUACAAAAGGGCGUUCACAUCACAAUAGUCAGAUAUCUUGAGGGGAAAUGCAAGUGAUUCACAGUUUCCUUAUCGUUUGCCUCCUCCCCCGCCGCUUAUCACAUUUGCUCCAUUCAAAUUGUGUUAUUGCCCAGUUCCCUUGUGAAUCACCACACCCAUUUCAUUGCUAAUUUUUCAGAGAAUACCCGGAAAUCCAUACGUAUGACAUGGAACACAUUGCUGCCACGUCAGGCCCGCCAACCGUAGCCCCUCGCACUUCCGUUCACACCAAUGGCUUCGGAAUCGAGAGGGGAUCACUUCGACGCCCGCCGGAACAGUUUGAAAUGCAGGAGAAGCGGCGGAAAGAGCAAGAGAGCACAUUUCUGCGGAGUUCUCUCAGAAAGUCCAAGAAACUGCAGUCACUGGCGAAGAAUGUGGAUCAGAGUGAGUUUUAUUUGUACUUUUUCGCUAAAGCAAAUGUUUUGAUGAUGCAGGAGGAGACGAGCCGAUGAAGGUGACAUCAUUCGCGAAUCCGUUGGCCGAAGUGGAAGAGGUUCACGUGAGGAAGAGUGUCAAUGAGAACGGAACGACGAGGAUUGCAAUAAGUGACGACGGCGUCGAACAGUCAGAAGUUCUGAUUGACGAGGAGAAUAAGGAUUCGAUGCGUAAGUCUUGUGGAACUGAACUUUUCCUUCCAACUUCCACGCUUCAGAUCUUGAUGACGUUAUAAUCUCUGUCGAACGCAUAGCCACAAAGCUCUCUUCAAUGCAAGGCCGCGAGAGUGACGUGGCAAUGCUUCGUGACUUCUUCGCCGCUCCCCCAAUUCAAGCGGCCAUCGAGCAAACUGUGAAGCAGAACGGAAAGUGCGGCACGACGUCAUCCGGGAUCGGAACUGAUUCCGGAGGAGACUCCUCUUCCUGCACAUCCUCUCCAAUUCCUCCAGUAACAAUGAAUGGCAAAGAUGACCGUUGCCCUUCGACAGCUUCUUCAUCUUCAGUUUCUCCUCGAAAUGCUCCAAACGUGAAAGUGGUUGAAGUGGUGAAGGACGAAGACAGUUACUUGGGAGCCACCGUCAGAAAUGAGAACAAUCGGAUUGUGGUGGGAAGAGUGGUGAAAGGAGGAAUCGUGGAGAAGCUGAACCUUUUUCAAGAGGGGGACGAGCUUCUGGAGCUAAACGGAUCGUCACUGAAAGGAAAACAAGUCAACGAGAUCUGCGAUAUCCUUCGCAACCUUUCCGGUCCUGUCACUUUUGUUGUGGCUCCGAAAGAAGAAGAGUGUGACGUGGCAAGCGGAGCAAUCGGAGAGUCCGCGGUGGCCAAAAAGACCCAGCACGUGCAGCAUCUCCGAGCUCUUUUCGAUUACGACCCGGAAGACGAUGUGUACGUUCCGUGCAAAGAACUGGCCAUGAAGUUCCAACGAGGGGAUAUUCUACACGUUCUGAACACGAGAGACGACAACUGGUGGCAGGCGUAUCGGGACGGAGAAGACACGCAACACUCUCUCGCGGGGCUCAUUCCGAGCUCUUCUUUCCGACAACAGUAAGUUCUUCCCGAAUCGUUUUUAAUUGAAAUCAACCCUUUCCAGAGUUGUUCUUUAUGCAGAUGAGCUUGAAAGAGAGCAUGAGCAGAAGAGAAAGGACGGAAAAGGAAAAAAGAAGAAGAAGUUGGAAGUGAAGAAGGGAGCCGACGAGGAGAAUCUUCCGGCCAUCGGAGUGUACUCGGACUUCUUGACCUACGAGGAGGUGGUCCUCGAACUGCCGAAAGCCACGCAUCGGAGACCGAUUGUGCUCUGCGGAGCCGAAGGAGUCGGGUGUCUGAAACUGAGAGAUCGGCUGCUGGAAUCCGACAGAAUCACUCUUGCGUGCCCCGUUCCUUGUCAGUUUGAACAAUUAUCAAUAUCCCAAAUGACAGUGACAUUUUCAGACACAUCUCGUCCGCCGAAAGAAGGCGAAUUCAACGGAGUUCACUACCAUUUCGUCGCGAAACAAAAGUUCCACGAGGAAGCAAAGUCCGGAAAGUUUGUCGAGUUUGGUGAAUAUCAAAAGUAUUGGUACGGCACUGCCAAGAAAGACGUCAUCAACGUCAUUGAACGGGGCAAGACGUGUGUGAUGACACUCAAGGCAGAGGUAAAGGCGAACUUUCCCGACUGUCAGUAUCAUUAUUUUCAUCUUCAGAGUCUCGGAGCGAUCCGCUCUCCGGACAUACAGCCCUACAUUAUUUUUGUGGCAGCUCCGUCCCUCCACGUGCUCCGAAGGCAGCGAGAAGUCGAAGGAACGUUCGGAGUGAAGGACGACGAACUGAAGGCGAUUCUCUCGCAGAGCAAGAUCAUCGAACAAGUCUGUCUCAAAGAAUUUGAGUUUAUUUUUCAACGGAAGCUUGCAGAAGUACGGUCAUUUGUUCGACGGCAUCAUUGUGAACGUCGACUACGAAAAGUCGCUGCGAGAACUGAAGCAGAUGCUGACGAAGGUGAACACGGAGCCGAUGUGGGUGCCCGCCGCAUGGACCGCCUGUUGA